ACUGCGGUAACUGUCGGCCCGUCCGUCCACUGUCUUCUUUGCCCACCCAGCCACCGCGCCUGACGAAGGCCCAGCGACCAGGCGAUCGAGGGGAGAGAUGGUGAUGGUUAGCGUCGCCUGUCGACGCUGUUGCGUUUUCGAUUGGAUCGAUGCGCGGGCGAGUGCGAUGUCGUAGGAUCGCCACUUUCUUCCUCCGGCUUCCCCCACCCGAAGCAAGAUCGUCUGCUGCCUUCUCGAUCGAAGUUCUAGGAGGGGAGAGAAGGAGAGUUUUGCUGGUCGUUUUUCUUUGUGGUCUUUCCUUGGUCAUUUUGGUUCCCGGGGUUAAGUUGGGAUCGGGCGGGUUGAUCGGAUGGAGGAGCUUGACGUUGGAAACAAGUACCGCCUCCGUCGCAAGAUCGGGAGUGGCUCCUUCGGGGAGGUCUAUUUAGGUACUGAUAUCCAAACAAAUGAGGAAAUCGCGAUUAAACUAGAGACUGUCAAAACUAAGCAUCCUCUGCUUCUGCUUGAAUCAAAGCUGUAUAAGAUCCUGCAGGGAGGAACUGGAAUCCCUAAUGUGAGAUGGUUUGGUGUCGAGGAUAAUUAUAAUGUCCUUGUGAUGGAUUUACUUGGACAAAAUCUUGAAGACUUGUUCAAUUUCUGCAGCCGUAAACUCUCUUUGAAGACUGUUCUGAUGCUUGCAGACCAGAUGAUAAAUCGUGUCGAAUUUGUGCAUUCAAAGUCCUUCCUCCACCGAGAUAUCAAACCAGGAAAUUUUACCAUGGGUCAUGGUAGACGAGCUAAUCAGGUGUAUAUUAUUGAUUUUGGCCUUGCCAAGUGGUAUAGGAACGCUUCAACUCAUCAGCAUAUUCCAUACAGAGAGAAUAAAAAAUUAACCGGAACUACUAGAUAUAUGACUGUGAAUACGCAUCUUGGCAUAGAACAAAGCAGGAGGGAUGAUUUAGAAUCUCUUGGAUAUGUUUUAAUGUACUUCUUAAGAGGAAGCCUUCCAUGGCAAGGUCUAAAAGCAGAAACACGAUACCAGAAGUAUGAAAAAGUUGGUAAGAGUAAAGCGACAACAUCAUUUGAGGCUUUGUGCCAUGGAUAUCCUUUAGAGUUUGCUUCUUAUUUCCGUUAUUGCCGUUCAUUAAAAUUUGAGGAGAAGCCUGAGUAUGCAUAUCUUAAGAGAUUGUUCCGGGAUCUUUUUAUCCGUGAAGGUUUUCAAUUUGAUUAUGUAUUUGACUGGACCGUUUUGAAAUAUCAGCAAGCUCAGAUAGUUGGUGCCCCUCCACGUGCUAUUGUUAGCCUAAAUGCAGAUGGACCAAGUGCAGGACCUAGCUCGGGCAUGGCUCCUGUUGUAGCGAACGAUAGGCAGUCAGGCGGUGAGGAAGGAAAGACAAGUGGAGGGUUGGCGGACCCUUCUCGUCAUGGGCCAUCUCCAACUGUAAAUGUAGGCUGUAAUCGGAAGGCUCCAGCGGCAAGUGAUCUAGCUGACUGUAAAGAUGCUAUGAUUUCCAGUUCUUCUCUAAUGGGACAGUCAAGCAGUUCCUCAAGAGUUCCUGCUUUUGACGGCCAAGGAACAGUGGCAACUGAGGCAGAUCCAACUCGAAGGCCUGAAUUACGAGGCCACACUGAACAGAAAUUAUCCACAAUCAAGAACGACGAGGCCACACUGAAAGGCAUUGAGGGCCUGAAUUUGAAUAGGAUUGCUGUAUGAAGUGCCAUCCAAAGUACAAAAGAAAUAUCAAGUGGCUCAGACAUUCAAAGAAAUUUUUUGUCCAGAAAGUAUGCAAAAGUUGUUUUUGUACGAUCUAAUCAUCAUGCUAUCUGCUGUUAUACCUUGUUGUCUUUUGAUUCCUCACUUGGCUGAACAAGGCUUAACGAUGAUGAUCAAGUAUAGAAGAUAUUUUUUUUUGAAUU